AUGCCUUCAAUCACUCUCAGCAUACGAACAGCUGCACAUUUGGCCAGAAAUGGCUCAAAGCCUUACAACCAGCUCCGCAAGUUUGCAUCCUCGGCCAGAAGAUCAGAAAUAAACAAGGUCUAUUCCUCAGCUGAGGAUGCCAUCAGUGAUGUCAAGGGCGACAGCACGCUUCUCUGCGGUGGCUUCGGCCUCUGCGGUGUACCGGAUACCUUGAUCAAUGCUGUCAAGAACAAGCCCUCGAUCAAAGGGCUUACCGCCGUCUCCAACAACGCCGGUAUCGUCGGCUCUGGUCUUGGUCUGCUUCUUGAAUCCAAGCAGGUCAAGAAGAUGAUUGCCAGUUAUGUCGGAGAGAACAAGGUCUUCGAGAAGAUGUACCUCACGGGCGAGAUUGAGCUCGAGCUUACACCACAAGGAACCCUCGCCGAGAGGUGUAGAGCAGGUGGUGCUGGCAUUCCUGCCUUCUUCACACCAGCAGCUUUCGGAACAGUCGUCCAGACUGGAGAGCUCCCAACCGUACACAACAGCGAUGGAUCCGUCGCUCGGUAUUCGAUCCCCAGGGAUGUAAAGGUCUUCGACGGCAAGAGCUAUGUCAUGGAAGAGGCAAUCAAGGGCGACUACGCCUUUAUCAAGGCAUGGAAGGCGGACAAACUCGGCAACCUCAUGUUCAGAUUCGCAGCACAAAACUUCAAUGGCGCCAUGGCUCGUAACGCAAAGGUCACCAUUGUCGAGGCCGAGCACAUUGUCGAAGUCGGCGAGAUCGACCCAGCAGCAGUCCAUGUACCCGGAAUUUACGUCGACCGCGUUAUCCAGAGCACAGAAGCUAAGAACAUUGAGAAGGUGGUCAAUGCCAAAGACCCAGCCGAAGCUCUCAACGCUCUCGGCAGUGGCGAUGCUGCAAGCAAGCGUGAACGCAUCGUCCGACGAGCAGCCAAGGAGUUCAAGAAUGGCAUGUAUGCCAACUUGGGCAUUGGUAUGCCAAUGAUGGCGCCGGCUUUCGUCGACGAGAGCGUCGAGGUCCAGCUUCAGUCCGAGAACGGUAUUCUAGGUCUGGGAGCCUACCCUCAAAAGGGUCAAGAAGAUCCUGAUCUCAUCAAUGCCGGCAAGGAGACUGUCACACUACGCCCUGGUGCUUCAGUCUUUGGCUCCGACGAGUCGUUCGCUAUGAUCCGCGCAGGAAGAAUUCACAUGACCAUGCUUGGAGCCAUGCAAGUAUCAGCAAGAGGAGACCUGGCCAACUUUGCCAUGCCUGGAAAGAUCAAGGGAAUGGGCGGCGCUAUGGACUUGGUCUCCAACCCCGAGAAGACGAGGGUGGUUGUGACAAUGGAGCACACUGACAAGAAGGGCGGUCCUAAGAUUAUGAAGAUGUGCGAGUUCCCGUUGACCGGCAAGGCUUGUGUUUCGAGAAUCAUCACCGAGUUGGCUGUGUUUGAUGUCGACUUUACCACAGGAUUGACAUUGAUCGAGCAUGCCGAGGGAGUGACGGUCGAGGAGAUCAGGUCGAAGACGGAGGCGCCAUUCAAGGUUUCGGAUUCAUUGCAGGUCAUGCAGCAGUAA